AUGUCUGAAAAAGCUCAUUCCGCUUUGAUUGAGUGGAAACUAGUAAAAGACUGUAUGACUAAUGAUCGCUUUAAAGGAAAGUUCUGCAAUAUUUCUCCAACUUCGUCUGCAGAUGACCGUGAAAAGUUCUAUGCAGAAAUUCAAUUGCUAACAACAUCUCUAUCAAAAGGUGACAUGGUCAUAAUCGAGGUAGACUGCAAUGCGCAUAGAUCCGCAUAG